AUGAAUCUGAAACGCCAGGCUUCUUAUCACGAGGCCCUCGACUGGGAUUUGAUCUUCGAUGAUCACGAGAAAAAUGACGGUGACGAGAAGUUGCCCUUUCAUUCGGCGGUGCUCCAGCAACGAAUGAAACAGUUCUUUUUGGUUUCUCGUUUCUUCUGCGCCCGCUUCAAGCCAAGCGAUCCGCCAUGGACGCGUAUCAAGAAUCAGCUGAUGAUGGGAGUUAUUCUUGGUGGAUGCAUUCUCUUCCUCUUCUUCGAUUCCUUUGUCACAUUCAGUCAUGGCUUGGAUCGAGCGCCGACUGGGGUCGUUUUCAUCUCCUUCAACAUGCAAGCCACGUUUUCUGGGUUCUGUUUGAUCUAUUGGCAGAAGCGGAAACAGCUGAAGAGUUUGUUCAAUCUCUUUGUCAAAGCCGACUCAGGAAACGAGCGAUUUAAGAAGGAGAUCCUCUCGGCCCAUCGUAGAGUUUUCAUUCGUUUCUGUGUCAUGUUGGGCAUUUUGUUCUGGAUGAUCGCCCAGUUUGUUGUCGGAGCGAUUUUCGAUUGGCGACCGCAUAUGGCAAACGAGGAGAAGCAUUUCGUCGAAGGCAGUCAAAUCUUUGUCCGCUCAUUCUUCUGCUCGAUAGCUUUUGCUCUUCACUAUAUCGUCAUGCAUUUGUAUGUGAUGCUGGCAACGGGAGUUUUUUGGGAGAUGAAAGCGUUCAAUUGGAUGUUGGCUAAACUUUCCGAUGAGAAGCACGACUUUAAAGUUUCAUUAAAGGAAGUGAUUCUAAAACAUGCUCGUUUGACAAAAACGAUCGUUCAACUGAAUCGGAUCUUUUCGAUCUACGCUUUCUACAUGGUUUCCACAACAGUGCCAACAUUUCUUUUCUCUUUGAUCACCAUCGCUAGAAGAGCCACACUGUUUGAGGCAUUUCUGACGGUUCCGUCGCUGAUUUUUUGCACUUAUGGAUACUAUUCGUGGACGGUUGUGCCGGCUAAAUUGCAUGAAGAGAUUUACAAAUCGAAAUCGUUGCUCUGCAUGAACGAGAGGAUCUGGGAGAGCGAGGAUCGAGAGGUAAUGGCAAUUGCCAGGACCCUCGCUAUACAUUUGGAUCAGCCCGACUUGGGGAUCUCUCUCUGGGGCUUCACCAUGGUCUCAAAACCGUUGAUUUUGACGACCCUCUCCGUGUUGCUCACUUUCUGGGCUUUCCUAAUCGAAUUCAACAAGCGGCCAAGUGAUCGGGACAAGGAUUGCAGUACA